AUUCCUCCGCCAUGUGCUCGGGAGGAAGCAAAAACUGCAAAGCGGAAACGCACCCUUGCUGCUUACGUCACAGGCAUAGAAGAGGAAACUUCACAAGUCCCUUUUUCGGCUGUAGUCAACGCUCGGCAAAUCUCUGCUGCGCUUCAUCGGAGCGAGCGCCAAAUUGGAGAAAAAAAAAUGGCACUGAUGGGAAUCCAGCUGGUGGUCAGUUUGCUGACCGCCAGCAUUAUGCAGAGGAUGGCGCCGCAUUGCUCAUUUGCACGCUGGCUCCUCUGUAAUGGCAGUCUUUUCCGGUUCAAGCACCCAUCUGAGGGGGAGCUGUGCGCUCUCGCUGGGAAGCAGAUGCCCAAAACAAACAGGAGAGACAGGAGACAAAAUGGAGAAAACAAGCCUCUCACUGUGCCCAGAGACAUAAACCUUCACCUGGAGAAAGCUCCAGUCAAUGCCAUGGACGCCCUCGUGCUGCGUUUCUUCCUGGAGUACCAGUGGCUGAUUGACUUUGCCGUCUACGCGGCCGGCGUCUUCCUUUUCACGGAGUGUUACUACAAUGUGGUGGAUGCCAGCAAGGAGGUGAAUAUCGGCGCCAUCUGGUGUGUUCUCACCGUUCUUUUCGGACUCAAAACCCUCCACACGCUGAUGAGCCACUACUUCCGCUCGGAGGAGGGCGGCGAGCGUUCAGUGUGCCUCGCUUUCGGCUUCCUCUGCCUCCUGGUAGCCAUGUUGGUACUCGUGGUCAGAGAUGACUUCCUGGAGUUUGGCUUGGAGUCUGGCUUUUCCAGCCUCUAUGACAACUUGGAGGUGUUCGCCAAGCAGCAGGGCUACGCCGACUGGUCGAUCCCCGUCACCAAGCUGACCGUGAAACUCACCCUGGCUGCCUUCUGCGCCUACGUCGGUGCCCUGAUGGCGUUCCCUGGAUUGCGUCUGGCUCAGACUCACCUGGACGCUGUGCAGAUGAACUCAGGUCGUCCGCUCAUCCAGAUUCUGCUACACAUGAGCUUCCUAUCUCCGGUGGUCGUGUUGAUUCUGUGGGUUAAACCCAUGGCCAGGGAUUUCCUCGCCAACGCGCCUCUGGGGAAAAGUUCCAUCAUGCUGGUGUCCAGCAACACCUUUGACAGCGUGCGUCUGUGGACCGUCGUGGCUCUGUGCGUCCUGCGGUUAGCGUUAAUCCGCUACCACCUGCAGGCCUACCUCAACCUGGCCCAGAAGUGGGUGGAACAAAUGAAGAAGGAAGCUGGACGUAUUGCCGCCAUUGACAUCCAGAGGAAGGUCACACGUGUGUUUUGCUACCUGAGCGUAGUGACUCUGCAGUAUGUGGUUCCGAUCGUUCUGAUCCUCUUCUCCACACUGGCCCUCAAGGCACUGGGGGGAUUCACUUGGGUCGGAGCAAACGCGGUCGAGACCUCCAGCGUGGCGCCCUCCUCGCCGAUUCCCACGGCGGCGCCAAUCAUCUUGAGCGCUCCGGACGAAGACGAUGAGUUAGCCGAGGACGCGGAGGAGGACGUCCAAGUGACUGUGGCCCGCCUUUUGGAGAUGGUGACGGCGCUGCGCUCUGUCCUCACGCCGCUUUUCUUCAGGGGCUUCUUUGCCUUCUUCACCUGGUGGGUGGCAGCCUGCCAGGUGAUCAGUUCACUUUUCGGCAUCUACUUCCACCAAUACCUCAUGCACAGCUAGGGAGAGCCAUGGAUGCACAGAGCUUUUGGACGCUCCGGAGACAUUAUUGUUUGCUCAGGUAUCCCCAGAAUGCUCUCCAGCCAUCCAUUUUUUUCAAAAAUUUCACGGGGGUGCAUGCGGCGGACUCCCCUAGCUGGACUUCACACCCUCGUUGCUCUUCAGGAAUUUUCACAAAAGUUCACUUUCAUCUCUAGUUAUAACCUAUGUUAGCUCCCUCUAUGUAGAAGAAGGGGAACGAUGAGACCGGGUGAGUUCCCAGUAAGCGUCUGUGUACCCAGAGUUCCCCUGUUAGUAACAUGCACGGGCAUUCAUCACAAGACUUUUCAGCACGGGGGAGCGCUCAGACCAUCACACCGGGAGUGACACUGACGGUCAAUGUUUUUUUCUCUGAUUGUCCAAUUUAGUUGCAUUUAAAUGUCACUCAAAACUGUGAAGUGUGCAUUGAAAUUCUGCUCAACUAUAUUUCUGUUGGCUCUGUAUGAAGGAAUAUUAGGGCUUUACCGGGGGGGGGGGGGGGAAUUGUCAAAAGAAGAUGCAGAAGAUAGGCUAAGAUGGAAAAAGAUGACACGCCUGGCAUCCCCUAACGGGACAAGCCUAAAGGAGAAGAAGAUACUGCUAUAAAGUAUUUUUUUUUUUUAAAGAGCAAAGUUGCAUAAAAAAAUUCCAUUUUAUGGGAAAAAAAAGGUUACAAGAAUACAGUUUUCUUAUGAAUGGAGGUAUUAGGAGCAGUUUUAAAAUAGUGAAAAAUAUAUUUUAUAUUUGCAUGGUAUCUAGCUCAACUGUUUCUACUUUUUAUUGGCGUCGUCAUUGCAUCAUGUUGUUUUUGUGAAAUAACCAAUUCAAGAGUGCCAUUUUUUUUUUUCAUGUGCAGUUGCCCUCCAGAAUUCCCAAGUGCCUGAAAACUGUUGGAAUAUUUCACAAAAUGUCCAUUUUAUCCCUUUUUGUGACUAUUUUAUAUAUAUAUAUAUAUAUAUAUAUAUAUAUAU